GGGGAGUAAUUAUAUAUAAUUCUAUGGGAUAUUUUCUGAUUCUUGAAGUCUCAAGUAAUGAGACCAAAUUUCCAAUGACUGUUGACAAAGGUGCAUAAUGGAAAGUGAGAUGAAAAAAAAAAUAGCAUGAAAUCCCAGAUCACACACAGCAAAGUGGGACACUAGGGAGUCUCACUUUUUCUACAUUUGCAUAAAUAUGUUCUUCAUGAAAAAAAAAAAAAGCAAAACAAAUGUCAGAGGUGGAGUAAUCUCUAGACUUGGAGAGGGCAGUGGGCGUGGUUCAAUAGUUUCAAAAGACAGGCAACGUAACUCUGACUGGAUCCAAUGACAUUCUGGCUCUGUCCUUCCCUCAGCAAACAGGUAAGGAACACAGAGGAUUUAUCAUUUGGUCGAGGAAUAAGGUUAAUAGGAGCAAAAUAGAGACAGCUGAACAAUAAGAAAUGGCCUCAAAGAACAAGGCAGGGCCAAUGCGUGUUCUAGUGACAGGUGGAUCAGGCUUGGUCGGUAGUGCCAUUAAACAUGUGGUCGAGGAAAAAGGUGAAAGCCUUGAUGGAGAAGAAUGGUUUUUUCUCUCUUCUAAGGAUGCAGAUCUGAGGGACACUGAGCAGACCAGAGCUGUGUUUGAGAAGUAUCGUCCCACUCACGUUAUCCACCUUGCAGCAAAAGUAGGAGGGCUGUUUAUGCACUUGAGGGAGAAUCUUCAUUUCUUGAGGGACAACCUGAAGAUCAAUGACAACGUCCUGCAAACGGCCCAUGAGAUGAAUGUUUCCAAGGUGGUGUCUUGUCUGUCCAAUUGUAUUUUUCCUGACAAAACCACCUAUCCCAUUGAUGAGACUAUGAUACACAACGGGCCACCCCAUGAAUCAAACUUCGGAUAUUCCUACGCUAAAAGAAUGAUUGAUGUUCAGAACAGAGCGUACUUCAAGCAGUAUGGACGAUGCUACACCGCGGUCAUCCCGACUAAUCUGUUUGGCCCUCAUGACAACUUCACUGCAGAAAAUGGACACAUGCUGCCAGCCGUCAUCGGCAAGGUGUACAGAGCCAAACAAGAAGGAACUCAGUUGAACGUGUGUGGAACAGGGAACGGCCGGCGACAAUUCACUUUCUCUCAGGACCUGGCUCGUUUAAUUAUUUGGGUCCUCAGAGAGUAUGAAGAGGUGGACCCUAUUAUAACCUCUGUAGGGGCUGAGGAUGAAAUCUCCAUCAAAGAGGCUGUGGAAAUGAUCACAAAGGCUUUAGACUUCACCGGGGAAAUACAUUAUGACAACACUAUGUCUGAUGGGCAGAUUAAGAAAACGGCAAGCAAUGCCAAGCUAAGACGUUACCUCCCUGACUUCACCUUCACACCCCUGGAUGAAGCCAUUAAGAUGACCUGUGAAUGGUUCGUGGCCAACUAUGACACAGCAAAAAAAUGAAGGAAAGUGAACUACUUGUCAUUGUGACAGCACGCCACAGCACACAAUGAAAUGUGACCUCUGCUUUUAACCUAUCACCAAAGUCAGCAGCUUAAGUGCCCAGGAAGUAGUGUGUGGGGAGGCUUUUCUUUUUUGUUUGUUUGAUGACAUAAGCAAGUUGAAAACUCUGUAUCUAAUUUAAUUUACAUAUAUUUACUAUAUAAAGACAAAUGUUUAGCGCGCUUACGUAGUACAAGUUAUCACUUUAGCUCCUAAAAUUAUAUAUGUAUAUAUAUGCAGUAUAUGUAUGUGUGUGUAUAAUUAUACAAGUAUACAAUUUUAUAUAUAUAUAUAUAUAUAUUAUAAGGGUGUGCCUUGGCUGAAUGCUCCUUUCAUAUUAAAUGAUUCGGAAUCCUGCAGCGUGAGAAUACUCACAUCAUAACCGACUGAAUUAACCAGUUAUUUAAUGAAAUUAUAGCAAACUGUAUGAAAUUAUUUUGUUUUUUCCAUAUUGUAACCUUGGUCAAAGUACACAUAUAACAGACUUUUAACGUUUUACUUGGUGGUUUACAUGUAAUCAUAAAAAAAAUGUAAAUAAAAAUGUGGGGUUCUUCUAUAGGCUCUCUUUUACAUUUUAUGUAAUUAUUUUUUAAAUUGACUGAAUGUAUGGCUGUUUCACCAAAACAAAACACUCA